CAAAAAAAGAGAACAUUUCCGGAGUAAAUGUUUCGCCCAAACACAGAAGCUCGGUUGUUUUUAAUGAGUCACUAAGGGCUGUUUUGUUGUUGGAAGAAGCAUCACGACUCGACGGUGUGUCGGUACAAAUCCCGGAGGGACGACAUGGCGACCACCAUCAGCACCCAGAGGGGACAGGUGUUUAUCGGAGAGCUACCGCAGGACUUCUUGCGAAUCGCUCCCACCCAGCAGCAGCAGCAGGUCCAGCUGGACGCCCAGACGGCCCGGCAGCUGCAGUACGGAGGCUCGGUGAACACCGUGGGCCGACUCAGCAUCACUGUUGUCCAGGCCAAACUGGCUAAAAACUAUGGGAUGACGCGGAUGGAUCCCUACUGCAGGAUCAGAUUGGGCUACGCAGUCUACGAGACUCCAACUGCUCAUAAUGGAGCAAAGAACCCGCGUUGGAACAAAGUGAUCCAGUGUACGGUACCUCCAGGGGUGGAUUCCUUCUAUUUGGAGAUCUUUGAUGAGAGAGCGUUCUCCAUGGAUGACAGGAUCGCAUGGACACAUGUCACCAUUCCUGAGAACUUAAGGGAGGGCAACGUGGUGGAUGAGUGGUUCAGCCUCAGUGGGAGACAGGGUGAUGACAAGGAAGGCAUGAUCAACCUGGUGAUGUCAUUUGCUUCUCUACCAGCAGCAAUGAUGAGUCAGCCGGUUGUCCUAAUGCCUUCUGUCUACCAGGAAGGAGUAGGUUAUGUGCCUAUUGCAGGAGUGCCUGGAGUCUACAACCAGGGCGUGGUACCCAUGGCUGUACCGACAACCAUGCCGGCUAUGGUGGGCCAAGGCCCAGCGUGCAGCGAGGAGGAUCUGCAGGCCCUUCAGGACAUGUUUCCCAACCUGGACAAGGAGGUGGUGCGCACAGUGCUGGAGGCGCAGCAGGGCAACAAGGACGCUGCCAUCAACUCUCUCCUGCAGAUGACUGAGGAACUCUAACUAUAGAGUACCAUCUGAUGGCAGACAUUCCAACAAAUAUACACGCAUGAACGCAGGCAGGGAGAUCAUUUUGAGUAAGCUAUUGCCCACAGAAAGACUACUGCAGCUUUACACAUGUACACCCAGUUCUCCCAAAGAACUUUAAUCCUGAGAUCCUCCUCCAAGCGCUGCUGGUCAGAGGUCCGUUUCCUCUCAGUUAAAUUAGCCCAACAGUUCAGGGGAAGUGCAGGGUGUGUACUUUUACACAACUCUGUAUCACUGCAACGAUGGGACCGGUCAGGUCUGAACAGGUUAGACUCAACAUAUUGAACUGGCAGAGUUGUGACUUGGUAGAUUCUGUAAAUCUUGCUUGAGUUUUGUUUGAGUCUUAUAAAUGUUGUAAUUCAGUUGGAACUUCCCUGUGAGUCCAGGGUUUGAUUUGCACUGAUUGAGCUGUAGUGAGUCAGUCUGCCGUAGCUUAAUAGUAUUUGUGUCUGUGCUGUACAACUUCUCCUUCACUUUUAGCCAUAAGAUGUUAGCUAUAUGAAAAAAUCUUCAGAAGUAUUAAAUAAAUUAUAUAGAAAUCUAUAUCAUAACAAAAAAGUGAGAAUAAAUGAUUCAUCUUAAGGAAAUUAUCUAUGAAAUACUGCGCAAGUUUCUUAGCUGUAUCUUUCAAAAAUGCUAAAAAAGUAUUUUAAACUUAUUUUGAUAUAAAAUAUUAAAAUGUUUGUGCCGUGGCUUGUUGAAUUAACCCUAGUCUCAAAAUUGCAGCGUGACAUUAAAAAUGUUGCUUUGUUUCAUGAUUAGCUUGCCAAUAAAGCUUUUGAGGCCAAA